GGAUAGAUUCCCAGAAGUGGGAUAACUGGAUCAGAGGGUGGUUACCCUGUGUAUAAGAGUGUGUGUCUCACUGCACCUUCAAUGGCAUUGAGUAGAUUGUCAGUAUUUAAACAGACCACAUCAUGCGUGAGUACAAGCUAGUGGUCCUUGGUUCAGGAGGCGUGGGGAAGUCCGCUCUGACAGUUCAGUUUGUUCAGGGAAUUUUUGUUGAAAAAUAUGACCCAACGAUAGAAGAUUCCUACAGAAAGCAAGUUGAAGUAGAUUGCCAACAGUGUAUGCUCGAAAUCCUGGACACAGCGGGAACAGAGCAAUUUACAGCGAUGAGGGAUUUGUAUAUGAAGAAUGGCCAAGGGUUUGCACUAGUAUAUUCUAUUACAGCUCAGUCCACGUUUAAUGACUUACAGGACCUGAGGGAACAGAUUUUACGGGUUAAGGACACAGAAGAUGUUCCAAUGAUUUUGGUUGGCAAUAAAUGUGACCUGGAAGAUGAGCGAGUAGUUGGCAAAGAACAGGGUCAGAAUUUAGCAAGACAGUGGUGUAACUGUGCCUUUUUAGAAUCUUCUGCAAAGUCAAAGAUCAACGUUAAUGAGAUAUUUUAUGACCUGGUCAGACAGAUAAAUAGAAAAACACCAGUGGAAAAGAAGAAGCCUAAAAAGAAAUCAUGCCUUCUGCUUUAGACCCACAGUGAGCAGCAGCUCUGAGCCAGAUUACAGGAAUGAAGAACUGUUGCCUAAUUGGGAAGUGCCAGCAUUCCAGACUUCAAAAAUUAAAUCUGAAGAGGCUUCUCCUGUUUUAUAUAUUAUGUGAAGAAUUUAAAUCUUAUAUUGGUUUGCACAGAUUCCCUGGAGAAAAAAAAUUGCUCUGUGUAUAUCUCUUGGAAAAUAAGACAAUAGUAUUUCUCCUUUGCAAUAGCAGUUAUAACAGAUGUGAAAAUAAAUAUACUUGACUCUAAUAUGAUUAUACAAAAGAGCAUGGAUGCAUUUCAAAUGUUAGAUAUUGCUACUAUAAUCAGAUGAUUUCAUAUUGACCUUUUUAUCAUGAUUCCUCCCUGUCAAGAACUAAAAGUUGAACCAUUAUACUUUAUAUCUGUAAUGAUAUAGAUUAUGAAAUUUCCCCUCAAACUCAUUGCAGCAGAUAACUUUUUGAGUCAUUGACUUCAUUUUAUAUUUAAAAAUUAUGAAAUAUCAUUCUGUCAUUAUAUUCUAAUUAAAAUUGUGCAUAAUGCUUUGGAAAAAUGGGUCUUUUAUAGGGAAAAAACUGGGAUAACUGAUUUCUAUGGCUUUCAAAGCUAAAAUAUAUAAUAUACUAAACCAACUCUAAUAUUGCUUCUUGUGUUUUCCUGUCAGAUUAAAUUACAGCUUUUUUGGAUGAUUAAAUUUUAGUACAUUUUCA